AAUUGUUUCAUCUUUGAGCCCCUGGAGUGGGAGUGGAUUGAGUCAUUCAAAGCAAGAUUCAGCACUCACUUGCCUAUCACACAGUCAGUUCCUGCAGCUGCGCCAGCUCACAGUUCCUCACCUGGGCGGAGAGCCCACGUGGAGCUACGCUCACACAGCGGGCCACAUGUCCAGGUAGCACUUCGACGCUGGAAGACUCCGCAAAUAUGCGAUCUCUCCACAAGAAAGAAGAUCAAAGGAAACCAGGCACCGGCUACCAGGGCAAGCUGGGCUGGAAGUGGCAUAUGUGUAGGGAAAAAGGGACUUGCAUCACAAGCCAAGAAAAGCACUGGGAAGCGCCGGGGACGUUCCCUGUCUCGCUGCAACCUCCCUAAGCGUCCCGAAACCCAGCUCACGCGAGUGAGCCUGCCAGCACACGGCCCUGAGCCUCAGGCGGCGGGAAACCCACGGAGACCCCAGCUGCCAUCUAGCUUCCCCAGAGACCCGGCCCGAUCCACCCACAGCACCCACGCACAGGAGACACAAUCGGUCCUUGUAUAUUUAAGGGGAGGGAGAAACAAACCACCUGG